UCAGCAGAAAGGCGCUUGAGUCGACAGCCGCUAGUCGUCAGUUGAGUAGAGUAGUCAGUCGGUAUCAAUCGCGAAUCGGAGUUAGUUGUGCGCGCUACGAGCAAGAUCGUCGAGACGAGACUCUUACUCCAAACACUUGAUCACUCACUCACCAACUCACUGGUUAACCGCCUGUAAGCGUUUCAGUGCAGACACUGUACUCCCAUCCAUAUACACAACAAGACACCUUUGCGUAGUUUGACGUUUCUGUCAGACAACUAUUGAACAGACGGUCAAACGUGCAACUUGCUUCGAUUCGUGGCGCGCAAGCCGGAUUCCACCGGUCGGCAGACAUUCUCACAGUGAACUUUUUGUUGAGUUUCAACAAAACAAUACGCACCGGGAACGGCUAUUUCGCAUACAAUAAUAAUAAUAAGAAUCGGCUUUUGUUGCCACGCGCACCGGUCGCUUGAAAAUCAACACGCGUGCAUUUGUAUUUGUGAAAUACAAAAACAUAAUACAUACAUACAUACGUGUAUACGGUAAAAGGCGAGGAUCACUCGGUGCCAGAACAACAAAUUAACCGUAAACGCUAAAUCGUUAAGGUUCUCAAACGCUGCGUUUGGCAAACGAAAACAUUUGUGCAUAAAACCAAAUCCAAUUUGAAAUCAAGUGUCGGUCAAGUGUUGAAAACACUUGAAAUUAUUAAAAGUCAAACUCAUAAAAUCAGUGUAAAUAAUUACACGCAGUGAUUAGUGGAACGUGGUGUAGUGUGCAUAUACAAACUGUUUCGCCUAAUACGUUGAUUAGCGUCGCUGGGGACACUCGUUUGGCGCAUUGUUUCACAUUGCACAUUGCACAUUACACAUUUUCCAAUGAAACGGUGAAUUCCACGUGAAGAAUUGUAAUUUGCAGCACGUCAACGGCGUUGAGUUCUCACAGACGUACACUAACGUUCGCGCCCCGCAGUGCGGUACACAAGCCAUAACACGUCCGUAACAACCGUUAAUUGUUAAAGUGCAUGUCAUUUACCUUUCAAAUAUCAAAAGCUUACGAAUUAAACAUACAUAGCUUAACUGUGUGAUUUACAUUUGUUUUUGGGUUUUUUUGUGAAGCAACAAAAAAGAAAGAAACUAACUUUUGUGGUUAAGAUUUGUGUUGGUUUUUACCAAAAGAAAUUUAAACUGCACACAAAUAAAUAUAAACAAUAAGAAGGGAAAAAUACAAGCCGUUAUACUGUGUAUAUGCCAUAUAUUAUUAUGUAUUAACACACAUGCGCACACAUUUAUAAAUACUAAGUCAACACAAGAAGAUCAGCUGCGAAAGUUUUUGCCGUGGCGUUGUCUGGUGUGAAGAAGUAAAAUACGUACGAGCGUGACUCAGGUUCUUUCCCAAAGUUGAUUGUUGGGUAGACAGCACAUUUCCGCUUGCCAUACGAAAGAGUAGAGAUAGAAACCAACACAAAAUCAUAUACAAAAUGGAUUAUAUUGUAAAAGCAUAUAAAGAUUGGAAACUCCACUCUCAGUUCCAUGAGAUCGUGCCCGAUAUGGAUGAUGCCGAUUACAUGAUGUUUAACGAGAAGCAAUCAAUCCGCGAAUCUGCGCGUUCACUAAAAAAAUAUGGUAGCACUUGCUGUAAUCAUAGCUUAAGGAACAACGAGACGCUGAUACGACAUGACGUGGACAAGACAGACACACUGCAGGGCAUUGCGCUAAAAUAUGGAUGUUCGACGGAGCAGAUACGACGCGCCAAUCGACUCUUCGCCUCAGACAGUCUAUUCUUGCGGCAAUUCCUGUUGAUACCAGUGGAUAAAUCGUCACCGUAUUAUCCCAAAGCAGAUGAAAAUAAUCCUUUAGAAAUAAGUGAAAACAACACUAUACUGCAAAAUAAUAUAAAUACACAGAAUAAUGUGAAUUCUGUAAAUGCAACAAAUACGGGCAACACAACAGCUGAUCCACUUGGCGUAUUCGCAGCGCCAACCAGUUGUACGGACUCAGCAAAUAAUCCACGUCCAUCCACAUUGCCUACACGUCCAUACUCAAUUGCCGGUGAAUUAUUAGUGCAAAACAGCGACGAUGAUGUCAUGUUAAACAAUCACAGCAGCAGCAGUAAUAAGCAGAGCAAAUCACUUGACUCUGUGGUGGCUAUGACGCCGGAGGAGGAAAAUCGCAAAUGCAUAAACGAGUUUUUGAGCAAAAUCGAUUCAACCAUCUCGGAGUCAAGAAAAUAUGUUGAGAAAUCCAAAGAAAUGAUUACUAGCCAGAGUGACAUUAAUCUGUUUGCUACCACCGAUUUUGUGCAGCACAGACGUAACAAUCACUUGAAUAACUCUUACAAGGCGAAUCGGCAAAAUCAAUCAAACCACCAACGGCACAGCUCUUCAGGCAGCACAUCGGACACGGCGCAGCUAUUGAACACCACGCAAACGCGACACGUGCAAAAGUCAUUGAAGCGACUGGAGAAACAGCAGGAUGAAUUCUUCGAAUUGUAGCACACCUGCAAGCAACACAACACAUCUCUGCGAUCCACUGAAUGUCCCUUAUAGAAAUUUUAAUAUUAGUUUUAAUGGAAUCUAAAAUAUACUAUAUAUUGUAAUGAUAAUGUGAAUAAUUACGGCAGCAAAAAUUAACAUAGCAAUGUAUCCUUAUUACUAAGAGUAAAACGCAAAUAUUUUAUACUAUAUACACAUACAAAUAGUAGGUUGGAAAUUUGUUGAAAAUUAUGCUGAAAUAUUUUAUUUAAUAUAAAUGACAGAAGAAGUAUAACUAAAAAUACAAAAGUAUAGGCCAAUGUGCAAAGCAAAUGUGAAAUUUUUAAAAUAGUUUGCUGACAAUUUGAAAAUAAUAGAAAUGUAUGCACUAUUUUCUUAUUUGUAUAGAAAUGAAAAUGUAAUAACCAAUCGAACGUUUUCGCAUUUACUCACACACACAUGUACAUUUGUACACACAACUGAUGUUACUUAAUGCACUUGUAUGCCAACACACACAGCCCUGGGCAGUUAAACAACAGACACUCUGUGGAAUUAUGAUAAAAAUAGUAAACAUAUGAAUAAUAUAAAAAUUUUAAUUUGAUUAAGUUUUAAACAUUUGUACUGCGUGAAGAUUGAAGAUUUACAUAGUUAAAGCUACACAUCUUAUUAUAAAUAAGUUGAAACUCUUUUAAAGUAUGUAUACAAUAUAUGUAUGUAAAUAUGUAUUUGUGCAUGCAAUCUACUGACAUAUAUGUAUAUAUAAAAUAUUUAUGAAUUAUACAUUUUUAUUUCGUAUUUGG